UUAUUUCAUAGUCGGAGUAGAAGAUGGGAGCGUUGAGCGCUCCCGUCUCUUCGUUUCUUCUCCUCUUCCUCUAUGCGCUAAUAUCACCGAGCCAUGGCUACUUCCAAAAGGCCUCAAGUAAAUGCAAGCCUCCACAUUUAAUGCCAAAAUCGUUUCACGAUUUCAAAGCCACUGGACUUAAUGGAAGUACAGUGAAUUUUAACUACUUCAAGAACAAAGUGGUCUUGGUCGUGAACGUCGCAACCUUCUGACGAUUCACACAACACUACCUCGAAAUGAAUGUAUUAAAAACGCGAUUUAGUAAUGGGACUUGCGAUUUUGAGGUUGUCGCUUUUCCAUGCCAUCAAUUUGGCCGCGAGGAGCCUGGUGAUAACGAGUACGAAAUCUUGCACGGGCUGAAGUAUGUUCGACCAGGACAYGGUUACGAACCGAACUUCUUAAUGAUGGAGAGAAUGGAUGUGAAUGGCAUCAAUGAGACGGAGAUUUACACCUUCUUGAAGAGUCGCUGUGACGUACCAGAUGGUUUCAUCACAGAUGAACCAAGAGAUCUAUUCUGGAACCUAAUGCGUAACAAUGACAUCAGUUGGAACUUUGAGAAAUUUCUCAUUGACCAUAAUGGGCAGCCGUACAAACGAUACUCGUCCCCAACCACACCCAUGGAACUACAGCAAGAUGUCCAGCACCUGAUGUUUGGCUGCCGACAGGCCAUGACCGGGGAACGCAGACCUGACGGCCAAGAYUACUGGUAUUAGGUUGUCAAAAUUAACUGAUCUUAGAUCACUAUGGUAACGCAUUAUAGAGCUGACAUUACUUGAGCAAUUUUAUAAAAAUGGGAUUUAUCAGCCAGCGCGUUGCUAAGUGCGUUUCCUUCUGAUUCAAAAUCUCUAUUUAAACGGAACAUUUUUUUUUGUCAAGAUAUUUUCACCUUGAAAUUCAAACUACUCAAAGUACAUCGAACGUCACUUCCGGGAGAUUCGAAUUGGAUGGAAACGUGCAUAGCAACACGCCAGCCAAUCAAAUCUAUUGAAUGAUUUGAAUUUGGUUUGCUAGUCCGAAUGAAUUAUUUCAGUUACCAUAAUGACAAUAUAUUGGUUUUCAUAGAAACCAGCCAUCUACCUCUCAAAUCAAACGAACCUUCCAGAAGCGAGCACCUUUGUCAAUGCAAACAGGUGCUCGGUUUGAAGAGGUUUUGUCAUUACAAAUAUUAUUUAUGUCGAUAUUUCGCUUGAACCUCAGAUUCACAGUCUAAAUAAAUUUUUAAUAAAUGUUCUUGUCAUGCAUUUUCACUGUAUAGCUUUUCAUAAAAUUCCGUGUUGAUGACGAAUUGAUCACAAACCUGUUUUACAGGUUGAUCCAGUUCUGACGAUAUGAAGCCUUGUCAAAUAUGGUCUUUAAUACAUUCAACCAUCUUUGAAAAGGAUUUAAAACGGAAAAAAGGCGUACAUAUAGAUUACUGCAUGCGUUUUAUGGCUUGAAGGUUAUAUAAUAUUAUUUAAAACUAAAUAAAAGUCAUGAAUAAAGAUGUAAAAAAGUA